GGCAUGGACUUCUCAUAAGGAAUGGCCAUGGAGAGCCUGCGGGAAAGGGAUGGGAAUAUCAUUAUGGACAAAGCUUUAGAAUGAAAUGGUAAUUGGGAAGUGGUGUGGAGAAAGAAAAAAAUCAAACGAAAGGUAUCUGCUUUAAAUUCAAGCAUCGGACGACCCGCCGCCUCUGUUUCUCUCUGACUCUCUCUAUUGUGAGGCAAACGCUUUUGGCAAGAGGAGGAGGAGUUUAGGGGCAGAAGAAAGGCAAGCAUUGUAAAGGAAAAAUGGCGAGCUCGAACUUGGAGGAUAUCCCUUCUGUAGAUCUAAUGACGGAACUUCUUCGCCGCAUGAAAUGCUCUACUAAACCAGACAAACGCGUCAUCCUUGUUGGUCCACCUGGAUCUGGAAAAGGCACUCAGUCACCAAUCAUUAAAGAUGAAUACUGUUUGUGCCAUUUGGCCACUGGUGAUAUGCUGAGAGCUGCUGUUGCUGCUAAAACUCCCCUUGGAAUUAAGGCUAAAGAGGCUAUGGACAAGGGACAACUUGUUUCUGAUGACCUGGUUGUUGGGAUCAUUGAUGAAGCAAUGAAGAAGCCGUCAUGUCGGAAAGGUUUCAUUCUUGAUGGGUUCCCAAGGACAGUGGAACAAGCUGAAAAGCUUGAUGAGAUGCUCGAAAAGCAAGGAACCAAAAUCGAUAAGGUACUCAACUUUGCCAUUGAUGAUAAGCUUUUGGAAGAGAGAAUCACUGGUCGAUGGGUUCAUCCUUCAAGUGGUCGGACCUACCACACAAAAUAUGAACCCCCAAGAGUUCCUGGUGUUGAUGAUGUAAGAUCAUUUGACUGCCAUUAAUUUCUUUUCAUUAUU